AUGCCUGGAAAUCAAGCGUCUGCUGUGCCGCAGGGAUAUAUUCGGAGGAGAGCGAAGCCGGAGUCUGAGGGUGACACAGAUCAACCCGCUGCGACUCGCGGAAGAGUGGAGGAGGUGCGGCAAUUAAUGUGGGCUAUUGACAGUCAGGUGGAAGAAUGCGGGCUGCGGAAAGGCCACGAGUCUGCGUACGAUGCGAGGUGGCAUCAUGUCAUGGAAGUUCCUGGCGGCGAGGGGACGGGAAUGGAGGUGCAUGAGGGGGAACCACCGCAGUCAUGGACGUACAAGGCGGUUGGCCGAACCCUCGAAAGGGAUGACGGUGUGGAGCAAUCCGGUGCACCACGCCUCAGGCUGAUGGUGCUUACCUCGGAGAAGGCAUGGCAUUUCUUGGGCAGGGAAGCAAGUACCGACUGCUAUGUGAACUGUGAGGUGGAGCGAGUGUGGCAGAUCGUCAAGGGCGAUCUCACCGAGUUGUUCAGCAGUCGUCCUGAGGACCACUUUACGCCUCAUCCGCGUUUGUUGACUGGGACGCCCGGUAUCGGGAAAUCGAUGGCUGCCGGUUCGUACCUCCUCUACCAGCUGCUGCACUACGAUGCGGAGCUGCUCCCUGUGGUUGUGUUCUUUUUUUGUGCAGGUAAGGCAUACGUGUUUAACAAGACCACCGAGACGGUGACAUUAUACGCGGAUAAGUCCAGUAUCAAAGCUGUGAAGGAACUGUCUCGGCGCGGGAUGAAGGGGUAUAUUAUCUACGACGUGAUAGGCAGGUUUGAUAUUCCGUCUCCUUGUUUGCCUCCCGGAGGCUGGGGCAUGCUUGUGGUGGCAACGCCAGAGACAACAAGUUACAUACACUGGGCGAGUGAAAAGAGAGCCGUACGAAUCGUAAUGAAUUGCCCUGAUGAGAGCGACGUGAAGGCAAUGUGCGUUUGGAAGAGGCGCAAUCAACCCAUGCAGCAGCAAGCGGAAUACUGGCGAGAGGUGAAGGGUCGCAUGAACAAACUGGGACCUAUUCUUCGCUACAUCUUUGAUGAGGGAAGUUAUAACCAUUGGAUUGGAGAUUGCCACAGCUUUGUGGAUUGGACGACCUCUCGGGAAAUCGAGCGUUACUUUGCUUUUGGAACUUCCAAAAUGUGGGAGGGUAAUAAGGCGCUUGAAUAUCUUGCGAGGAUUGUCCGAGUACGAGGAGAGCGCAAUGGCGAGUCGCCUUUCAAUGUACCGAUAACUGACCACCUCGCAAGUAAAACAUUGUGCAAGUUGAAAACGUUAAUGACGCAGGCUGAGUUUAACUUAUUUGUAUCGAGGAUCAGGGAUUAUCUCAUGCACGCAAAUUUUGGGAGGUGUGCCAUGUUUGCAUUUUUGAAUGUGGCCUUCAUGGCUGCAAUAAGACGUAAACUGAAGGAGCUGAAGCCCCCAACACGACGUCCGUCACACCGCUGUGCGCCGGAAGUGUACUCACAGGAGGGCCCCACCAGCCACUAUUUUUUGCCGUCGGUGGAACGCAUUGACAAGAAGACUUGUAUAAACCACCGGCUGCUGUACAUACCGGAGGUCGAGAAAUUUCCGCUGGUGGACGGCUUUUUCUUUAUGAAGUCCAAUCCAAUGACGCUGGUCGGGCUGCGGAUGGCUACGGCGGGUGGACAACACACCACCGCCAGCACUGUGAGGCAGUUCACUGAGUGCCUGGCGGCAUAUUUUAAUGGCUGGGAGGAGUUAUCCCGAGACAUGUCGUGGGAGAUUAUUUAUGUGCAGCACGCGGACAGCACGCCGUUGAAUGACUGGCAGAGAUGUGAUGUCGACAAUUCCAAUAAUUUGACCGAGGAGGGCCGUGAGAUUGCGGCGUUCUGGAACGAAAAGGUGCGCCAGUACCAAGUGUUAAUAUCGUACAGAGACUUUAGAAGAGACGAAGCUCUCCGAAGUGUGCAAAAAAAUAAUGGUAAUAGGAAAACAAUUAGGGAGGGAAAGGGGUAG